AUUAUUCUGAAGCACCUACAUUACAGUUUCCUUCAAUAGCGGCAAAAUAUUAUUUUGUAUUUGUGCGUUAUUUUGGCGCGAUUAAAUAAGUGUUUCUCAUCUAUGUGAAACCCAGAGAAUCGUGUAACUUUAUUUCCUUUCCUAUCAUUAACUUUAUAGGCUAUAUUUCUUUUACUUUGGAGUGUUCAAUACGCAUGGUUUAUCCAAAUUAGUGUUGUACGUGUCAAUCUAAAUAUGCCUAAAGAAAAGAAGUCGUUAUAUACCCGAAAAUACCGAGUUGCUUGGGAAUCCGAUGCUGAACUUAAAGGAUGGAUUGGUCCUGUAUUAGCAGAUGAGACAAAGUCGCUUUGUAAGAUAUGUAAAUGUACUUUAGCUGCACAUAAAAAAGACUUACUGCUUCACGGUAAAAGUAAGAAACAUCAAGAGGCGGAGAAAAGAUCUUUGGCUGGCCCGAGUAAAAAAAUUACUGAGUUUAUGAAAAAAGGUUUGACCGCCAGCAGGAAAAUAGCAGAAUUAAAAAUUGCUGCAUUCAUAUGUGAGCACUGCUCACUUGCAACAAUUGAUCAUCUUGGAUCACUUUUAAAAAAAUUAGAUAAAUCAUCUGAAAUAUUAAAUGACGUUAAAUUACACAGAACUAAAUGUACAUCUUUAAUAUUGAAUGUGUUGGCUCCUUCAAUACUAAAUGACUUACUUUUGGAUGUUGCAGAUAGUAAAUAUUCAUUGAUUAUAGAUGAGCACUGCAGUCGAUUCCACAAAAAUGCUAUGCGUUAUGAUAAAAUAUUUUAG